CGAGAUCGACGAAGGGAAGGGAGAGAGAGCAAGCGCUGCAGGCACCGACACCGACACGCCCACAGAUCCGCCAAGCAACACCGCGUCACGCCCACGCCGUAUAAACCAAACCAUCCCCUCGCCUCGUCUCGCCGCUCCCCUCUUCAUUCCUCGCCGCCGCCCCCAGAUCUGCUCCUCCUCCACCGACACUCCCCUUCACCCCGUCUCCGGCGAGGCGGGUCUCGCCGGAGCACCGCCCGUUUCCCGCUCCCCCGCUCCAGAUCCGCUGGUCGAAGCCGCCGAUCCAGAUCCAGCGGCGGCGCCAUGGCCCGCCUCUUCUUCCUUGUCGCGGCGGCGGUGGCCGUCCUCAUGUCCGCGCCAGUCGCACACGCCUUCUACCUCCCGGGGAGCUACCCGCACAAGUACAACCCGGGGGAUAGCCUGAACGUCAAGGUGAACUCGCUCACCUCCAUCGACACCGAGAUCCCGUUCAGCUACUACAGCCUCCCCUUCUGCACCCCGUCCGAGGGCGUCAAGGACAGCGCCGAGAACCUCGGCGAGCUCCUCAUGGGCGACCGCAUCGAGAACUCGCCCUACCGCUUCAAGAUGUACACCAACGAGACCGACGUCCUGCUCUGCCGCUCCGCCCCGCUCGCCCCCGACGCCUUCUCCCUCCUCAAGAAGCGCAUCGACGAGAUGUACCAGGUCAACCUCAUCCUCGACAACCUCCCCGCCAUCCGCUACACCAAGAAGGACGACUACUUCCUCCGCUGGACCGGCUACCCCGUCGGCAUCCGCGUCGGCGUCGACUACUACGUCUUCAACCACCUCCAGUUCACCGUCCUCGUGCACAAGUACGAGGACCCCAAUGUCGCGCGCGUCAUGGGCACCGGCGACGCCACCGACGGCAUACCUACCGGGGGCGGCAAGGACGCCGCCGGCUCCUCUGGGUGGAUGGUUGUUGGGUUUGAGGUCGUGCCUUGCAGCAUCAAGCACAGCCCCGAGGACGUCAAGUCGCUCAAGAUGUACAGCAAGUACCCCAGCAAGAUCAAGUGUGAUCCGGCCACCGUCUCCAUGAGCAUCAAGGAGAACGAGCCGAUCGUCUACACUUACGAAGUAACAUUCGUGGAGAGCGACAUCAAGUGGCCCUCGCGGUGGGAUGCGUACCUCAAGAUGGAGGGUGCCAAGGUGCACUGGUUCUCCAUCCUCAACUCGCUCAUGGUGAUUGCUUUCCUAGCUGGUAUUGUGUUUGUCAUAUUGUUGAGGACUGUGAGGCGUGAUCUGACGAGGUAUGAGGAGCUUGACAGUGAGGCGCAGGCCCAGAUGAAUGAGGAACUGUCUGGGUGGAAGCUUGUGGUCAGUGAUGUCUUCCGUGCGCCAAGCAACCCAAUUCUGCUCUGCAUGAUGGUUGGGGAUGGUGUUCAGAUCCUUGGAAUGGCGGUAGUGACCAUCCUGUUUGCUGCACUUGGGUUCAUGUCACCGGCCUCCCGUGGUACUCUGAUCACAGGCAUGCUCUUCUUCUAUCUGGUUCUUGGAAUUCUGGCAGGAUAUGCGAGUGUUCGGGUGUGGAAGACAAUCAAGUGUGGCGAUCACUCAGGGUGGGUGGGUGUUUCGUGGAGGACAGCCUGCUUCUUCCCUGGUAUCGCAUUCCUGAUCCUUACGACACUGAACUUCCUGUUGUGGGGAAGCCAAAGCACUGGAGCCAUCCCAUUCUCACUGUUCGUUGUGUUGAUUCUGCUCUGGUUCUGCAUCUCUGUGCCGCUUACACUUGUUGGCGGAUUCCUCGGUGCUAAGGCACCACACAUUGAGUACCCUGUCCGCACAAACCAGAUCCCUCGUGAAAUCCCUGCUCAGAAGUACCCAUCCUGGUUGCUGGUUCUUGGUGCUGGCACGCUGCCCUUCGGCACCCUUUUCAUCGAGCUCUUCUUCAUCAUGUCAAGCAUAUGGAUGGGGCGAGUGUACUAUGUCUUCGGAUUCCUCUUCAUUGUGAUGUUGCUCCUGGUUAUUGUCUGUGCUGAGGUUUCCCUGGUUCUGACCUACAUGCACCUCUGUGUCGAGGAUUGGAAGUGGUGGUGGAAAUCAUUCUUCUCAUCUGGAUCUGUGGCGAUCUACAUUUUCCUAUACUCGAUCAACUACCUUGUUUUUGACCUCAAAAGCCUGAGCGGACCAGUGUCGGCAACCCUCUACCUCGGCUACUCGCUCUUCAUGGUUAUUGCUAUUAUGCUGGCUACCGGUACGGUUGGGUUCAUUUCCUCAUUCUGCUUCGUCCACUACCUUUUUUCAUCUGUGAAGGCUGAUUAAGUUUCUCCCUGCGAAGAGUAUCACUCAAUGGAGAGGUGAGCAUAGUGGAGUCGACCAUUGAAAAGUUUGUAGUCACAGGGUCUUAGUUCAUCCCAACUUUUGGUAUACCUGGCCUUAAUAACUGAGAUUGUAUGGUUUAGUAGGAUUCAUCAAUGGACUUUAUCAAGUGGUGCCAGCGUGCACAAUGUAAUAGGAUGAAUUGGUUUAUUCACAUUUUGCGUUUAGUUGCUCAUCGUGCCAUUAAUAUGCAUGGUUAUUAUAUUUC